UCGGGCUGGAGGGGGAGAUUGUUGUGGGUCCAGCCCAUUUUCAUUUGGGUUCCAUUUUUUUUCUUUGGUGGAGGGCCCAAUUAUGUUUUUACUUUGUUGACUAAAAAAAAGAGAGUAGAAGGGCUGGGCAGUGGCAGUGCUUACGAACAGAGCAGAGAGAGCACACAGAGAAAAAAAACAGAAUAGAGAGGAAGGUGCUGGUGCAGAAUUUACAGACCAGCCGCACAAAUUCGAUCAUCGCCGGAGAUCCGACCGUUGGAUUGAGCUGAAAUUUUCAGAGGUUGUUCCCAACACUUUGGGCUUCAAUCUGNCUGUUCAAGUUUCACAUUAAUCGGAGCUACGGAUCUUCUGUAAUCGCAGCUGGUGCGACGCUGCAUUUUUGGGUGAUAAUCCUGAUUUUCCUUCUCUAUUGUUGAUGGCUCUUAUGUAUGUUGUUGUUGGUGGGCUGUGACAUCCUUGUAGACUGAGUUUGGGUGUUUUUACCCUCAAUUUGCAUAAUAAGAGAUGAAGAGGGCGGACUCCCUAUAAGUCCCGUGGUUUUUAUCCUUCACAUCGAAGGGGUUUUCCACGUAUAAAAAUCGUGUGUCGUUUGCAUCUUUAUUCUUCAUAUUUUAUUGUGGUUUAUUUGAUGUGUUGCUGAUUUUGUGUGCUUGGUUAAUCAAUUGUGGUAAAUUGGGUCAAGUGUUUGGUUGGUUGUCUUGAAGUUGAUCCUUGUAGGUGUCGUAUCCUACUUGUUGCUUCUCCCCCAACAGCUUCCGUUUGGGAGCCGACAUUGGAUGGACAAAGUGCGGUGAGUAUCUAUCUGUAGGAGUUUAACUCGGCCGAAGGAUUAUCAUGCCAAGACCGAGCGAGGGCAUGAAGCACAUAAAGAUAGGAUAUGCAUUGAUGUCUUGGAGAGAGAGAGAUGCUUAGGUUUCCAAUGGUGGGAGAUGUUGUUUCCUCUUCCCCAAUCAUACCCGCGGAUGAUCUUCGCACGAAACUCCUUGACCUGGAAAACAGAGUGGCAUUUGCCCGACUUCUAUUCCCCCUUGAGGCAAAACUGGCCAUGGAAAUCGCAACUGCUAAGACGAAAUCCGAGUCUGUAGGUAUCUUGGCAUAUAAAGCUUCAAAUGGGAAUCUGAAGGAGGUUGAUUUGAAUGAGACGCCGACAAUGCAGAAGAAAAGGCUUUUGCCUAGGCUGGAAGAGCUGUCAAAAACAGGCAUCUUCUUCUCCUCCUCCUCCUAGACUUAUAUAAUAGAUAGUUUUAGAUUUUCCAACAUCACAUUAAGGGAGUGUAUUCAAUUUAGAUUUUAAAUGAUUUUGAUAGAUUUUUUAGAUUCCAUAGAUUUUGUAAGUUCAUUGGAUUGUUUAAAGUUUACACAGAGUUAAUUAGAUU